UCUUAAAUCUUAAUUUUAUUUAAAACAAAUAUCAUUAUAUUAUUAAGUAGUAGCAAUUGUUAAGUUAUAAUUUUAAAAUAACAUUUUCUUGUCAGAUUUAUUAAGUUAUUCAAAAUUUAGCUCGUUAUUUUAAUUAUAACAUCUUCAUUGAAUAUAAAGAGAACUUUGUUCAUAUUCUGGUGACUAAUCGCAUUUCGUCUUACUCCAUCUCCAGCAAGGCUGACUCUGAACUAAUGAGGAUGGCAUAUUAAAUCUUAUUUUUUAAAAUACGAGUUAUAGUUGUGAUGUCCGACGGCGAUCCAUCUCUCGAAGAAGACAUUCCCAAACCAUUACUCGAAAGACCAGAAGAAAAUGUGUUUUCCCCAAAGAUCACUACGCCAAUAUAUGCGGGCAGUGUAAAGCUACAACACAAGCUAUCAGAUUCAGGAGAAACUGAAUCAUUUCUAUCGGAUGCUCAACGGAACGACCUCGCUUUUCAACAACUCUUUCAAAAUGGAGAUGAGAACUUUCACGAAAGGGAGAAGGAGAUGCAAGGGAGGAUGGCCGAUCUUCAGGCCAUGUCGGUUCUCAGCAUGUACCAAGAUAAUCUUUCACAGGAUAUGAAUAUAGAUAGAGAUGAUAGCGAAGCUUCAACAAAAACCGCAGAGGAAUGUGGUUGUGGGCCAACAUUGCCUGAUUCGGCCAACAAUAAUAGUAAAUCCACUACCAAUCAUUGCUCGAUUGUAAUGGGUGGAAUUCUAAACAAUCCUUCACUAUCUUUCAAUGACGGUGUACGUUCUGUGGACUUCGUGUUAGUAUGGGAAGCGGGAAAAGAAGAUGCGACAUCGAGGGAAGCUUACGAACAAAGGAAAGUUUUUGAACAGAAUCUCGAAAAUGAGGGGUUACAUCUAGAGAGGGAGGCCCCUGAAAAUCUACACGGAUUGCAUUUUAUCAAAAUUCACGCGCCAUUAUCUGUACUUAGAGAUUAUAGUGAGAUAUUAAAACUAAGGAUGCCAAUGAAGGAUUGCAGUAAGAUACGGAAAAGUGGGCGGACGAAUGCGAUACUGAGCGCUGCCUUGUAUAUGUCUAAGUUUUCAGUUCUAAAAGAUGCACCAGAGAAAACAAACUCUUUCCUAGAUCGUAUGGACGCAUGGUGGGACGGAAUUAUGUCAAAUAUAAGAGUGGACCCGAACCUCUUCCCUGAAAGAAAGCAUCGACUCACUGCCAUUUAUUCAAAGGAUAAGGAGUAUUUAUUCGACACGACAUCGGAUUGUUUCUGGACACCGUCGAUAAGAUCUCGUAUUGUGCAAUUUAUUCUGGAUCGAAAAAAAUUCUCGGAUUCCCCGACGGAUGACUUCGCGUUCGGGGUUGCUAGGCUCAUAUCAAACAACGUAUACAGCGCAGCGUAUCCUUUACACGAUGGUGAUCUUAAAACGCCGGGCUCAAUGCGUCACCUGCUGUAUACAGAGUGGGCGAGUGUCUCAAAGUGUAUCAAAUAUCAACCACUCGACUACGUCAAGGAUUACUUUGGAGUUAAAAUUGGGCUUUACUUCGCAUGGCUGGGGUUCUACACACACAUGCUUAUUCCGGCGUCACUUGUGGGUCUCAUAUGUGUAAUAUAUUCAGCUGCUACUAUGUUUUCUGAUAAACCGAGUGAUGACGUAUGCAAAUACAACUCGUCGAUAAAGAUGUGUCCACAAUGCGACUUCCACUGUGACUUCUGGGAUCUGAAGGCCACCUGCCUCCAGUCAAGGAUAACGUAUCUCUUUGAUAAUUCUACAACGGUGUUUUUUGCGAUAUUCAUGAGUUUUUGGGCGGCCUGCUUCCUCGAACUGUGGAAGCGAUAUUCGGCAGAAAUGACGCAUCGUUGGGAUUUAACUGGCUUCGACGUUUACGAAGAACAUCCAAGGCCACAAUAUUUAGCACGGCUUGCGCACGUCAAAAGGACCCAGCUAAACGUAGUGACCGGUGAGAGAGAACCAAUGGUGCCGUUCUGGCGUAUGCGUCUUCCAGCAGCACUGAUGUCAUUUAGUGUGGUAGCUUUACUGGUGUUACUGGCUCUAGCGACGGUAUUAGGAGUGGUGUUAUAUAGGAUGUCCCUUCUCGGCGCCUCGAUAUUCCGGGAGCAAGACCCGAACUCCCUGAUCGCAUACAGCCCUAUAAUGUUCACUUCUGCCACAGCUGCCUGUAUAAAUUUGGUGUUCAUUUGUAUUUUUAAUUAUAUAUACCAAUACCUAGCGGAAAGGCUAACAGAGAAGGAACUGUUAAGAACUCAAACGGAGUUUGACGACUCGUUGACAUUAAAGAUAUAUCUUUUACAAUUUGUCAACUAUUACGCGUCCAUUUUCUACAUAGCGUUCUUUAAGGGCAAGUUUGUAGGACGACCGGGGGCUUAUAUGCGACUGUUUGGUCAGAGACAAGAAGAGUGUUCACCUGGUGGUUGUUUCCUCGAACUCUCCAUCCAGCUGGCCAUCAUCAUGGUGGGGAAGCAGUUUAUCAACACCAUUGUUGAGAUGAUGAUGCCCUAUCUGCUUAAGUGGUGGAACAUUAUACGUGCAAUCGGCAGGAAAAACACGAUAAAGAGCUCUCUGCGGUGGGUGAAGGACUUUAAGUUGGUUGACUUUGGGAAUAUGGGUCUGUUCCCCGAGUAUUUAGAAAUGGUAUUACAAUAUGGUUUCGUGACGAUAUUUGUGGCGGCCUUUCCUCUAGCGCCAUUGUUUGCGCUCAUCAACAACGUAUUGGAGAUGAGGCUGGAUGCUUCCAAGUUCCUUUCGUGUUAUCGUCGUCCUGUGCCCCAGAGAGUCAAUGAUAUUGGGGUGUGGUAUAGAAUCCUGGACUCUAUUGGAAAAGUCAGCAUUAUUACAAAUGGUUUCAUAAUAGCGUUCACAUCCGAUUUUAUACCGCGUCUAGUCUACAAAUACACAGCGGGCACAUUGGACCAGUAUGUCAAUCACACUCUCACUGAUUUCAAUGUAACGGUGUUGGAAACACACCCUUUGAAGACAACGUAUAAUGGGAGUAUGUGCAGUUACCCAGGGUACUGGUCGUACAACGAAGGCGAUGAUUACCAGCACUCAAAUUGGUAUUGGCACGUGAUGGGUGCACGACUUGCCUUCGUUGUUGUUUUUGAGAACGUGGUAGCAUUGGUCAUGAUAAUCGUCCGUUGGGCUAUACCAGACAUGUCGGGAGAAUUGAGGGAUAGGAUCCGACGCGAGGCCUACGUCAUCAACAGUUUCAUAAUGGAGGAGACAAGAGCUCGCUCUCUCGCUCGCACACCUAUACCAAACCGCGUCAUGAGCGAGACGGGAAAUGGAAGACCUCAAGGUCACCGCAGUAAUAACACGGUUACGGUGACGCAGGGGAAUCAAACUGGAACCACAUAGCUGCCCUGUCUGGCUCUGACUUCGAUCUGGCUGCGCACGGGGAGCAUCUGGAUAUAAGAGAUCUGACACACGUCACCCAUCCAAACAGGGAUAAAACGCCGCCUGCGCAUGUCUAGUGUAGUUCGGUGUGAACUUGCAAAGUUGUGUUAAUUAUGGUAUUUUGGCAGUUUGAACUGUACUUUUUAAGCGGUUUCGGCAAGCUUACCACGUGAAUUAUCGACUUAAUUUGUUAGUUAUAAUGUUGUCAUCUUACUAUGAAUCUCAAUUUAUGGCGCUGAUGGCGCAAAUGGAAAUUAUGUGGUUCGAUAACAUCAUAUUGAAAUUAGGUUUGAAAUCGCAAUUGAAGAUAUGUGGUAAGAUAAGAUUUUUGUAGAUUCCGAUAAAAAGUAUCUUGUGUUGUCGCGCCAAUAAUUCACGAGACUCAUUAUUUAUAUUUGACAGGUUAAUCAAAGGGUCUUUCUAGCGCCACUGAAUUGUUAUAACUAAAACUUAAGUUCAUAUUUUACUAACUUAAUUACUAAACUGUUUUUAACGGUGUCGCUGCAUAAUUCAAUAUUUUAACAUUUUUUAUAUUAUUGUACUGUUAUAUGCUAUGGUAUCUAUUGCUAAGUGUUAUUAUGUAUAUUUACUAAAAUUUGUUUAAACCAUCAGUGCCGUAUAUACCUCGCAAGCACAAUGUAUAGUAAUUUUUCGUACUUUUAUUUAAUAUAAUUAAAUCAUAUAACAAUUUCUUCUAAGACUAAAUACUAUAUUUUAAUACGUUAAUAUAAAAAGUUUACACUAAAGUACAUGAAAUCAGUCAAACAAGUUCCUGUCUCGAAAUAUUUCGUGUACUUAAAAUCAUAUCAAAUAGUUUUUAUGCGAGACUUUCAUUUACAUGAAUAAAGGAACGUUAUUAUAAGCUACACAUUUAUACCAUUUGCGAAAUCCAUUAGCUCUCUUUGAAUUUUGCAGUACUUUUAUUAAAAAUUAUUUUAAAAAAUCAGAAAUGUUUCGGAGAUUUAGAACAUUAAUUUGCCAAAAAUGUUUUACCUAAGCUUAGCGAUGGUAAGUAUAAAUGAAUCUCACUUGAUUUUAAAUUAUAAUUUUAGAAAUAUAUCAAAUUACUGUUGCUUAAAGCCUUUUAUAUAUUAUGUAACUUAUCAAUGUUAUUCUGGGCACAAAACAAAGUUUUGUUAUAAAUCAUUUAAUCGAAGAUUUCUAGGCGUUGUGUAACUUCCAUGUGUUUGAUGUAAAUAUUAUUAUAAUAUAUUGUAGGACUUUUAAUAUUUUUGUUUUUAUACAAAAUGUUAUUUCACUUGAAAAAAAAACAAAAUCAUUAUCAAUAUACAAUUGAUUUAAAAAUAAAUCGAUACAGAUAUUUAUAAAACAAUAAUAUUAACCAAAUAACACAAUGUCGCGGUUUUUACUUUAGUUUGGUAUACUUAAUGCGUGAAAGAAUAUAGGCAAAAGACAUACAUAACUGUAAAGAUGUUUUACAUAAUCCCCUUUAUAAAUGAAAUUCUUUUAACGCUGUUUCAACUGAAGUACUGAUUCGUUUCUAUAUAAAAUAUACAUAAUAUAGAGUUCAUUACGAUAAAGUCACUUUUUGACAGAUCGAACGCUAUAUUCCAUACAUUUAGUGUAGUAGGUCUACUAUUAAAAAGUGAUAAACGCUUGCGUUACAUUUCGAACGAUAUAUUAUUGCGUUUAAUUCUAGUUUUCUAUACAAGUUUCUAAUUACUAUUCUAUUACGUUCACGACGUUAACGAGUAGUUUGUGUUACGUGUAACAGUUAUUAAAACAGCGUAAGAAGACUAAUUAUUUUUAAAAAUCAGGGGUGUAAUGUGGUGCUUUAACAAUAAACUUUCCAUAUGUACAAACACUAUAUAACCAUCUUUAUGUAAACAUCAGUAACUAGUCUUAACUAUCUCGAAAUCAUACUCAAAAUAAUAAAUGAUAUAAAAUCACAACUAGAUGGUAAAGGAAAUGAUGCACUUACUGAUAAUAAUUUUUGGCCAUCCAUAACUUUGAUUUCCGUUUUAUUAUUUGCGAUUGAUGAUUUGGCUGUGUUUAAAUUUUAAAUGCUAGGAAACAAAUAGUUGUUAGAUAUCUUACCUGUUUUGUUCGGUGGGGUUACGAGAGUUAUUGAAUUCCCACAUUUAUAUCAAGAUGUCCUAUUGCCCUAAAAUUACGAUAUACCAAUGUAUUUUCUUUAUUGUAAACGCCACGACUGUAAGAUAGGUUAGUGAUGCCAGUAGUGAGUCGCUUUUGAUGUUUACCAUUUAUGGAGUUUAAUGUACGCUUUAUAUUUACAUGUUCAAUAUAUGGAAAGUUGU